AUGUUUCCGCACUACGCGUCUGGCACCACUGGCAGCUGUUUGGCUGGUGCUUAUCGCACAGCUGCGGAGCUGUACUGUACGCCGUUCAUCUCAGUUCUUCCACCUUUCUAUGGCCACCGCCUAUAUGUUGCAGCAAUGAAGAAGCAGAUCCUGGAGACCAUUGGUGAACGAGGCAAGAACGUAGAACAUACGCUCUUCAGCUUCCACGGAGUGCCGGAGGAACAAUGUUCUCGAACUGACAUCUCCAAGAACUUCUGCAAUAAGAGUCCAAACUGCUGCUCCAUGGUGAAGACUGACAACAGGAACUGUUAUCGAGCUCAGUGCUUCGAGACAGCCCGCUUGUUGGCCUAUGAGCUGGGGUUGGAGGAUGGUCGUUGGUCGAUUGGCUUCCAGAGUCGCCUGACACUGCGCGGCACCAUUGAGUGGAUUAAACCAUACACUGACGAGGCCUUCAUGGAAUUGGCGAAGAAGGGCGUGAAGAAGUUGGCUGUUGUAGCCCCAUCGUUCACAGCAGACUGCGUGGAGACCUUGGAGGAGCUGGGCAUCACUGGCCAGGAGGAGUUUAGAGAAGCUGGAGGAGAAGAACUUGUUGUAAUCCCGUGUUUGAAUAGUGUCGACCAUUGGGUCAAGAAUCUAGCGCAGAUUAUCCGAGAGCACAUUGCAGAUAAUGCACGGCACCUGGAGUGUAAGGGACGGCAGCUGCAUGGAGUUCCGGCGGAAUUUUGUUUGCCGCAAGUGGCAUGUCAUUCACAGUCAAAUACAUACAGAGAGACUUGA